CAAAUAUGGACCUUUUUAUCACUAAAUUUAGUUGAUUCUAAGAUGGGCACAUGGCAUGUGCCAUGUUUGCGUUUCCCUAGAGCCUCACUGCUCCACCGACACGAGGAUUUUGACAAGUACUGAAACUUUGACCCAGAAGGUAAUAAAACAGGGACGAGAUGAGGAAGAUUUCGAAACAUGCAAAGAGAAAAUAGAGUAUAAAAUUGAGAGUGACAAAAUUAUGGAAGCGGCAGCAAUGUGUUUUGGUCCUAAAAUUCUCCCUCACCUCCGUAACGGUGAUCAUCUUUAUCUUCCGACCAAACUCUCGCUGUUUCUUCACAACAAAGUUGCUCUUUCUCGGAGAACGACAAAACACAAGUUGCUGUUGUGUGUUAAGGCUACCAGUGAGAGUAGUCGUCCCUUGACUCACUUUGCUCCAUCUCUUUGGGGAGAUCACUUCCUCUCUGCUCCCCUUGACUACUCUGAAUAUAAUACACUAGAGAUAGAAAUGGAAUCGGUUUAUAAGCCAAAUGUGAGAAACAUGCUCAUGUCCUCUCCCACCGGUGACAAGGAAAAGAUAUGUCUCAUCCACUUGCUUGUCAAUCUUGGUAUAUUCCAUUACUUUGAGAAGGAAAUCGAAGAUAUUCUCGACGAGGCUUUUCUGAAGCUGGACAGUUUAUUUGUGGACGAAAACGGUUUGGAAACAACUGCCAUCAUGUUUGAGGUUUUCAGACGUUACGGACACCAUGUUUCUUGUGAUGUGUUCGAUAGAUUCAAAGGUGAUGAUGAUGCAAAGUUCAGAGAGCAUCUAGUUAGGGAUGUUAGAGGAAUGAUACAGCUGUACGAAGCAGCACAUCUCGGGACACCCUCUGAAUGUAUAAUGGACGAAGCCUUGAGUUUCACAAGGUUUCAUCUGGAAUCAUUGGCAAGCCAAGAAGCGACCACCCCUCCUCAUCUCUCAAGGCAUAUACUAAGUGCAUUGUACAGACCUCGGUUUCUUAAGAUGGAAAUAGAAGCUGCUAGGGAAUAUAUUUCUUUCUAUCAAGUAGAGGAAGGUCGUAAUGAGAUGUUGCUCACUUUUGCAAAGCUCAACUUCAAACUUUGUCAGCUCCAUUACCUUCAAGAGCUAGAAACUCUCACCAAAUGGUGGAAGGAAACUGAUCUUGCAUAUAAACUACCAUACGUAAGAGACAGGCUUCUUGAGACCUUUGUCGGGGCUCUGGCGACGUAUUUCGAGCCACGCUAUUCACUUGGGAGAAUUAUAGUCUCUAAGAUUUCAAUAAUGAUGGUAGUUAUGGAUGACACAUGUGAUGCAUAUGGAAGUUUCCCUGAAGUUAGAAGUCUCAUUGAUUCCUUGCAAAGGUGGGAUCUUGGUGCCAUUGACGAACUACCAAGCCAUUUGAGAAUCGUCAUCCAAAGUAUAGUAGACACUAUGGAAGAUAUCAAAGGAGAAAUGAAGCCUAGAGGGAGAUCAUGUAGCGUGCAAUACACGGUAGAAGAGAUUAAGAGACUUGGUAGAGCGUACGCAAACAUAUCGAAAUGGGCACGGGCAGGUUACGUUCCAACUUUUGAUGAGUACAUGGAGGUCGGGAUAGACUCGUCAGGGGUACGUUGCUUUGCAAUGUACACCUUUAUGGCGAUGGAAGAUUGUGACGAGGAUCAAACGAUCGAGUGGUUCAAAUCCGAACCGAGAAUGAUACGAGCUUUGUGUGUUAUAUUCCGUCUUGAAAAUGACAUAGGCGGAUUUGAGAUAGAGAUGAGGAGAGGAGAGGUGGCUAAUGGGGUGAACUGUUACAUGAAGCAACAUGGUGUAACCAAAGAAGUGGCGGUUAGAGAAAUCAAGAAUAUAGUUAAAGAUAAUUGUAAGAUAGUGAUGGAGGAGUUCUUGACGAUAAAAGAUGUGCCGCGACCCAUUCUGGUACGGUGCAUCAACACUAUACGACUUGUCAAUGUGUAUUACAGGGAGGGUGAUGGAUUCAGUGAUCCUCAUGGAAAUCUGAAAGACCUUAUCACGUCUUUGUUAAUCAACCCUCUUUCUCUUUGAAUCAAGUCCCACUUUUUGUGCAUUUAUUUUAUCAAAGUUUAUACUGUAAGUAAAACAACAUGGGGAUGUAGCUCAGAUGGUAGAGCGCUCGCUUAGCAUGCGAGAGGUACGGGGAUCGAUACCCCGCAUCUCCAAUUUUUAUCAUUGUUUUAUCUUUUUCAUAUUAUUUCCAA